UGAGGUCACGGAUGACGCGUCCGCGUGCGAGCCCCCGAGGACUCCCCCGCUCCGCCCGAGGAUGAGCAAGCCGUGGGGCUUGCCGAACGGUGACCUGGAGCAGAGCCUUCCCGCGAUUGCUUCCUCGCUCUCACACAGCCAGGGCUUCUCCCCGCACCACUACUUCUCUCCCGAGAGGAGAAAGAUCAUUUCCGAUGUCCGGCGGACCUUUUGCCUUUUUGUGACCUUUGACCUCCUUUUCAUCUCACUCCUCUGGAUCAUUGAGUUGAAUACCUCCAAAGGCAUCCAGUAUAAUUUGAAAGAAGAAAUUAUCGACUACAACUUUAAGUCAUCUUUUUUUGACAUAUUUCUCUUGGCAGUUUUCCGGUUCUUAUUGCUGCUUUUGGGAUACGCCGUUCUAAGGCUCCGCCACUGGUGGAUUAUUGCAGUCUCAACCUUGGUGUCCAGUGCCUUCCUGAUAGUGAAAGUUAUCCUCUCAGAUCUCCUGGCCAAAGGUGCCUUCGGUUACCUCCUGCCCAUCGUCUCCUUUGUCCUCGCCUGGUUGGAAACAUGGUUUCUGGAUUUCAAAGUUUUACCUCAGGAGGCCGAGGAAGAGCAGUGGUACUUGGCGGCUCAGGCUGCUGUGGCCCGUGGACCCCUUCUUUAUUCAGGAGCGCUCUCCGAUGGCCAGUUCUAUUCCCCUCCAGAAUCUGCUGCAGGCUCAGACGAGUCGGACGAUGAGCUGUUGGGAAAGAGGGUGUUGACCGAGGAGGAAAGGGAAUAUGUCCGGCAAGGCAAGAUGGCCAUGGAAGCAAUGGACCAGAUCCUGGCUCAAGAGGAGAACUGGACCUUUGAGAAAUGCAGUGAAUUUGGCGACACGGUGCACUCCCUCGAAAUGCCUUUCUACGGCAAGGUUUUCAUCCUCAAGGCUGUCCUGCAGUGUCCGGCUGAGAUCAUCUACCAGGAGAUGAUUCUCCAACCCGAGAAGAUGGUCCUGUGGAAUAAAACUUUGUUAGCGUGCCAGAUCUUACAACGAGUCGACGACAACACGGCAAUAUCCUACGAUGUGGCCGCAGGCGCUGCCGGAGGUGUGGUGUCACCCAGGGACUUUGUCAAUGUGCGUCGGAUCGAAAGGAGGAGAGACCGCUACAUUUCAGCAGGGAUGGCCACAGUUCACGGCUCGCGCCCUCCGACUUCCAAAUACGUCAGGGAAGAGAAUGGGCCGGGGGGCUUCGUCGCCUUGAAAUGCCCCACGAAUUCGAACCUCUGCACCUUGAUCUGGGUACUCAAUGCAGACCUCAAGGGUCGGCUUCCCCGAUACCUCAUCAACCAAAGCCUGGGCGCCACCAUGACGGAGUUUAUGUUCCACUUGCGCAAACGGGUUCUGGAGGUCACGGUGCGGUCUUAAGCUCCGGGGGAUUCUUUGCUCUGACGUUGCCUCCGGAAGGGUGCUCAGAGCCCAGCGAGGGCUGAAGAACCGGAGUCCCUUUUCUUCCGACGGGAGCGGAGCAAUCUUGUCUUACAGCAAAAGGCACAACGAGCCUCUUGCAGCGUUUUCGGGAUGUGGGCCAGAGAAAAUGGCCAAGCGGGAGCGAGACCACAGGCGGUUGUGACCGGAGCAGAUCGGAGAGGAGUGCCGUGGCGUCUUCCUCCGAUGAUCAGAACUUACGUUGCUGCCGGAACCGGAGCCGCUUCUGGGUUUCAGCCGUGCCAAAUCCCUUCACAAUCAUGCUUCCGGAGUCUAAGUGCUUUACCUGUAUAACUUUCCCCCCCCUUUCUCUGGACAAGAAUCAUUGUGGUUUCUGGUUGUUGUGCGCCCAGAAACUUACUUAGAUGCCUUUCCUUUUGAACAGCCUGGCAGGUCCAGCCGGGGGGUGGGGGUGGGGUAGCAGUUGGAGCCCAGACCCUCGUCCAGGCGGCGCCUAAGUCAAAAGCAUUGCGUUGCCUCCCCUCCUCAAACACUGUGGGUGCAUCUGGAGAGACAGCUGCCUGGGUCCCUGUGGCUGCAAGCUUCUCAUUCCUGCGAUGCGAAGGAGUUGGGUUAUCCUGCCGUCUGCUUUCACAGGUGGCGCCGGGGCGACCUUUUCUGUCCCAGUCCCCUCUUGCCUGGCUUUCCGGUUCCUCCCUUGAGCGGCAAAUGGCCAAGCCCGCCUCUCCCAGUCCAAACCGACCCAUUCCACGACGGCUGGCAGCUCUGGCUGUUUGUAGUUUGCCUUCCGCUCUCUUGUGAUCCUUGAGUCCCACAUUAUGUUUCUAUCUCCCCCCUCCCCCCCCCAAAAAAAAGCCUAGGGUGGUGGCAGAGGAACCUAAUGCCU